CUUUGAUUUUCUUCAGUUUAACUAACUGAUAUUGACCAUCUAAGCAGCAUGCAUUGGGAGAAAUCGCAGCCAUCAGCCGUGGGCAGAUCCAGGCCAUACCAAGGUGUACGAGUCAGAGACCCCGUCAAAGAGCUACUAAGGAGGAAGAGGAGCCUGGAGCUUCACAGCACCAAGACAGCGCCUCCUACUGCGGAUAUGGUCUCACAGAACAACCAGCCAUCAUUUACACAAGGCGUCUUUGGCUGUGAUGUUGCCAGUGGCUCCCCAACUGAAUUGUCAGCUACAGUCGGUGAUGGAGGGCUGCAUUGUGCUGGGUGGAAAGCUGCACCUUCUGUCACUAGUACUGGGCUGCAGGCUGCGGCAAUGUCUUGGUCUACAUCUGACUACAACCAGCAGGACUCUUCAGCUCAGACUCUGACCUACCCAGCCACCCCCACCCUUACUAUGCAAACUCUGUGCCCCAGCUACACAAUGCUGACUUACACACACACACCACUGCUGACAAACUUUGGUACCAUACCGGUGGCACCAGCCCCAGCUUCCCUCCCUCAAGUGGAGCUCCCAGACUCAGGGGUGACCUAUCUUCCUUGGGCCCAGCCACUCACCACUAUAUCUACCAUGCCUAAUCCAGGGGUGCAGUUUGCCCCAGGCUCUGCAGCCCUGCCUGGAUCACCUUUAGUACACAUGCCCCUGUCCAUGUCUUUGACCACCAUGAUCCCGCAGCUGGAGCCCCAGGGUAUGGACCCUCAACCCCAGAUCUUGGAGAUCCCUGAGCAUUCAGACCAGCAGCUGGACCCUGAACCACAAGGUCAGUCGCUGAACGAAGAUCCAGAGGUAGAGCCGGAAUCACCAAACCUACUGGAUAAACUUCUAGAGGAUCACAAGGAACAUGGUGAAGAGGAGGACAAAGACUCAUACAGCAGUUCCCUCUUCAUACCCAAUGUUUGAAAAGUUAAGGUUUUACUUUCUCUGAAGAAAGCAUUUUUACAUUUACAUUUUGCUUUUCUCCUCAGGGACAAGUGCUUAUAGACCAUUUUUGUAUAAAUUUGACUUGAUUCUCUUUAACCCUUUGAAGUCUAAGUACCCUAGAUAAA